CCGUGUAACCUUCGGAACUAUUCUCUUCUCUCUCUCUCUCUUCUUCUUCUUCUUCUCUAUAUAUCUUAGGGUUCAAACUUCAACAAAAAAAAAACUCUUCACAGUUCACAACAACACACCUGAGACUGAGAUUACUAUAUCUAAAAUCCAUGGUUUGAUCAUAUAUAUUUCCAAAAACACAACAAAAAACGACAAUGGAUCAUUCUUCUUCUUCUUCAUCAACUCCUCAUCAUGACGAUCACCAUCAUCAAAACUGGCUAGCUUUCUCUCUCUCCAACCAUAACCCUCUCUCUCUCUUCCAAACCUCCUUCACUACUCCCAAUAACCUAGAAGAUCAUCAUCAUCAUCAAGAUGCUUCAUCAACAGAUCUCGCCAUGUUCACCGGUGCAGCACCGAAGCUGGAGAACUUUCUCGGCGGAGGACCCACCACCGCCUCCUCUCCAAAUAGUAAUAAUAAUAAUCAGUUUAACGGCGUUGAUCAAACGGCGGUAACGGAAGCUGAUGAGCUGUAUGAGUCGGAGCUUAAGACUAUUGCCGCUAGCUUUCUCCAUGGUUUCAACUCUCAUAUAAAUAAUAAUAAUAAUAAUAAUAUUAUGAGUAUUAUUACUAAUGAUAGUAAUCUCAGUUGCCAGCUGGAAGCGCCGCCGUCUGCGGUGGCUCCGGUGUCGUCUAAGAAGACCGUUGACACUUUUGGUCAACGUACCUCUAUAUACCGUGGUGUUACUCGACAUAGAUGGACUGGUAGAUAUGAAGCUCAUUUGUGGGACAACAGUUGCCGAAGAGAAGGCCAGAGUAGAAAAGGGCGACAAGUUUAUUUGGGUGGAUAUGAUAAAGAAGAAAAGGCAGCAAGAGCUUAUGAUUUGGCUGCCCUUAAGUACUGGGGUCCUACCACCACUACAAAUUUUGCAGUGUCUAAUUACGAAAAAGAAUUAGAAGAUAUGACGAACAUGACUAGGCAAGAAUUCGUUGCUUCACUUCGAAGGAAAAGUAGUGGAUUUUCUAGAGGAGCUUCAAUAUACAGAGGCGUCACAAGGCACCACCAACAUGGUCGAUGGCAGGCAAGAAUUGGAAGAGUAGCAGGAAACAAAGAUCUCUACCUUGGCACCUUUAGCACACAAGAAGAAGCAGCCGAGGCAUACGACAUCGCGGCGAUAAAAUUCCGAGGCCUAAACGCCGUAACAAACUUCGACAUGAGCCGUUACGACGUUAAAAGCAUAGCCAACUCCAAUCUCCCCGUUGGAGGAAUGUCAAACAACACCAAACUUUCCAAAACCUCACCCGAACGGGCGAUUGACAACCUAUCAUCGCCCGCGUCAUCCCUCGUCGCCUUCUCCUCCUCGGCCACCAACAACAACAACAACACAACACCCCAACAACAACAACAACAACAACAACAAAUCUCCUCCAAUCUAAGCUUUACUCUUCCCAUCAAACAAGACCUAACAACAACGACAACAUCGUCAACGGAUUAUUGGUCAAACAUUUUCGGUUUCCAAAACCCUAACCCUAGUAGUACUACUAGUACUACUCCUUCCUUAUUGUUGGGCCAUAAUAGUCACAACCUCUCGGCCACAACAACUAAUGCAACAACAACUACAACAACAACAAGUAAUGGAGGGUAUUAUGGUAAUUUCAUCGAGUCAAUUUCUAAUAAUAAUAAUAAUAAUAAUAAUACUAACUUGGGUUAUGGAUCAGGAUUAAGUAGCUGGAUUAGUAAUAGUAAUCAUAAUAUUAACGGAGGGAGUAGUAAUAGUAGUAAUGUUCAUAAUCAUCUUCAUCAUCAUCAUCAUCAUCAUGAAGUUGUUCAUGCGAAACAACCUAGUCUUUUUCAAACACCAAUAUUCGGCAUGGAAUAAUAAUGAUGAUGAUUUUUCUCGCACACUUGUUGGAAAACUACUGGCACGUGGGAAUCUGUGGUGUUUGAAUUUGCAUGGAAAAGGGAGCUAGGGUUGUUGUUGUUGUUAUUGUAAUAAUAAUAAUAAUAAUAUGGUGGAAACUGACAAUAUUCAUCAUAAUAUUAUUUUUCAUGAGAGAUGAGAAUGUAGUAGUGAAAUAGUACUAACUGAAGUUGGGUUCUUUUAGGGACCAUGUUUUUACUUUUUUAUUUUAUUUUUUGCUUUUUCUUUUUCCUUUAGUUUCAUUACUAGAUCUAGUGACAUUAUUAUUAUUCUAGGUGUUAAGGAAAGGAAUCCUUUUUGUAAUCCUUAGUUUUUUUUCAUAUAUAUUAUAUAAAUGCACCUUCUUCA